AUUCCGGACGUGGAUGUGAACGACCGUUGGUUGGAGAAUUGAUCUGCAUCGUCAUGACAAUAAAGCUAUCUUUUGUGCAGUAUUACGAUCCAAUUUAAAACGCAAUCUUAUUUAUUAAGCUACAACUACAGAGUCAAUCGAAAUGUACCUUUCCUUGUUCUGAACAUACUACACGUCUGGCUAAAGGAAAGAGAAAAGGAGGAACUAAAGUUGACCUAAUGUGUUAACUGUCGCUGCACUGCUCCCGCUUACCUCCUCUCCGUUAACGUUAUCUCAGCUCCGGAGCCGCUAUGGGCUGCCCUGUUCUCCCGCUGAUCGUCGUCGUGCUGUCGGCACGGUCGGCUAUCGGAGACCCGGCCGGAUCCGCUGAUGUCGACGGAGCUCCGCCUUCUAAAAUAGCGGUGGUCGGGGCGGGGAUAGGAGGCAGUGCCACAGCCCAUUUCUUGCGGCAGCACUUUGGCCCUGAGGUCCAGGUGGAUGUGUUUGAGAAGGGGGAGGUCGGAGGCCGUCUCGCCACUGUAACCGUCAAUCACAACGACUACGAGUCUGGAGGUUCUAUCAUUCACUCCCUCAACCUCCACAUGCAGGAGUUUGUCAAACAGCUAGGUUUAAAGUAUCGCCGCAGCGUGGCGGGCAAGACAGCGGUGUUUAACGGCCAGGACAUGAUUUUGGAGGAGACAGACUGGUACCUGCUGGACCUGUUCCGGCUGUGGUGGCGGUACGGCAUCAGCUUCAUACGCCUGCAGAUGUGGGUGGAGGAAAUUAUGGAGAAAUUCAUGAGAAUCUACAAGUACCAGGCCCACGGCUACGCCUUCAGCUCAGUGGAGGAACUACUAGACUCUCUCGGUGGAAGUGGCUUCAUCAACAUGACCCAAAGGCCGCUCUGUAAUUCACUGCUGGAGCUCGGUGUGUCGCAGCGUUUCAUCGACGAGGUCAUUGAGCCCAUCAUGAGGGUCAACUACGGACAGAACGUCAGCAUCCCCGCCUUUGUAGGCGCUGUAUCGUUAGCUGGUGCCCAGAACAACUUGUGGGCGGUGGAAGGAGGCAACAAGCUGGUGUGUUCUGGCCUGCUGAAGAUGGCCAACGCCAACCUGCUGGAAGCACAAGUCAACUCCAUCUCACCCGUCUACUCUGGGGACGAGCCCCAGUACCAGCUGAGCUUCACCACGGCAUCAGAGACAAGAUCAGAGCUGUAUGACAUUGUAGUGUUGGCCACGCCCCUCCAGGCCAGUGUCAGGUCUGGAGUCCAGUUCCAAGGUUUCACUCCUCCCUUUGACGAGCUCCCCGGCAACUAUCACAGCACUGUGGCAACCAUUGUCCAUGGUUACCUCAACACUUCUUUCUUUGGUUUCCCGGACCCUCGCCUCUUCCCCUUUGCCAGUGUUUUGACAACUGAGACGCCUGAUCUGUUUUUCAACAGCGUGGCAAGCGUUUGUCCCGUCAACAUCUCGACAGGCUUUCGACGUAAGCAGCCACAAGAGGCCGGAGUCUAUAAAGUGUUCUCGCCACAACCUCUGGAAAAGACUCAUCUCAAAACCCUGUUCAGGUCAUACUACUCCGUUCAGGUGACAGAGUGGCAGGCCUACCCUUGUUACGGCAGCAGCCAGGGACUGCCGCCUGUGGAGCUCCACCCCAAUCUCUACUACCUCAACGGCAUCGAGUGGGCCGGCAGCGCCAUGGAGAUGAGCUCAGUGGCGGCCAAGAACAUCGCCCUGCUGGCUUACCACCGCUGGAACAGACAGACGGACAUGGUGGACCAGAAAGAUCUCAUGCACAGAAUCAAGACUGAACUUUAACCUGAUUAACUGAAAGCCUUAUCGCAUCACUAACCUGAUGUGCAUGAAAACGCCUGCAUUGGGGUACAUUUUACAGUUGACUUGUGAAAAGUCUCCAGUGGCAAAGUGUAUAUAGAGACAAGUUAUAUAUUACCACAUACAUCUAGUUCACUGAAUUAAUGAUACAUAUGUUGAACAUAAUCUGACCUGCCUUAUCUUAAAUAUACUUAAACAUACA